AUGGCAGGUUUAGAGUCAUUAGAUUUGAGUUUCAACAGAUUGUCUGGAAACAUUCCAUUGUCUCUUACCUCGAUCGACCCUCUCAGCACUCUGGACCUGUCUUACAAUAACUUGAGUGGAAUGAUUCCUAGAGGUGCGCACUUUGAUCUAGUGAGUUUGGAUGGGUCAGCUUAUGUUGGCAACACUUUGUUAUGCGGUCACCCAACAAACAAGAUUUGUGAACAGGUUAAUCCUGGUUUUACUCAGCCUAACAGUGAAGGGAAAGCAAAUGUCAAGCUGGUGUUUUAUGCUGCUUUUCUUAUAGGUAUUGGAACUGGAUUUUGGGGUUUUGUAUUGGGUUUGGUUUUGCUUCUAAGCAAACAAAUAUGGUGGCUGGGGUAUUGGAGAUUUGUUGAUACUGUUGCAUUGACAAUAACCGCAUAUGUUUUGAAGAACUGA